AUGGGUGCUCUGGCUUGCGUCAAAGAAUCACAGAAGCAAACUGCUACAAACCUGACAGAAUUAACUACAAAUGUUAGAAAAAAUACUGAGUCAAUUGCUGCUAUCAGCUCAGAUCUUUUGAAUUUGAAAGAAACGCGAAAAUCUGAUUUGGAGCAAAUUUCUAAAAGACUAUCUAAUAUAGAGAAAUCAGCACCUGUAUCGUCUGUUCCUCAGCAAGUUUUGGGUAGCACUUCUGAACUGGUGAUUUCAGGUAUUCCUGAUGCAGUUGCAAAUCAUUUAACACCAGGUGAUAUUUCAGCUGAAGUGUUGAAAAGUCUAGAGUUGCCAAAUCUGAUUGGUAGUGUCUUGAAUGCUCGUAAAUUUGAAAAUAAAAAUAAGCAAUUGCGAAAUCAGAAUACAUCUAAUACUCACUCUUAUAUUAUCUCAUUGAUGUCAACUCCUGCUCGUGAUUUCAUCGUCGAUAAGAAGCGCAAGUUAGGAAAUCUUUUAGCAAAAAAAGUUUUUCCUGUACAAGUUGAUGAGGCUUUUAAAGGUUCUAUCUACGUUAAUGAAUUUUUGCUUCCUGAGACUUAUCGAUUGCUACUGAAAACCAAAGAAAAGGCGAAAAAUAGAAAUUUCAAAUUUGUCUGGGCUAAAUGUGGGCAAAUUUUUGUUAAGAAGGAUGAGGAUUCAGAAAGUAUUAUUGGUCACAUUGCUCAGUUCAUUGAUUUAGUUGAUAAUACAAAACCUGACAUUAUUAUCCUUGUGGAAACCUGGUUAAAACCUACCUUAGAUGAUGAAAUUUUUUCAUUGGAUGACUAUUUUAUCUUUCGUAGGGACAGAAUCCUGAAGCAUACAGAUACUGAUCGCUAUAUUCAAGGUGGAGGUGUGGCUUGUCUUAUUCACAAAUCAUUAAAAGCUAAAGUACUCCAUAUUUCAACUUCUGAUCAUAUAAGUCAACCGGAGUAUCUCAUUGUUGACGUAAUUUUAACUACAGGAUCUCAUCUUCUGCUAUCUUGCAUUUACCGAAGACCAAAAGGACUCUUUCUCAAUGAGUUCUUUGAUAUUUAUUCCAGACUUGCAUCAAACUAUAAUAACAUUAUUAUCGCUGGUGAUUUAAAUUGCAACUUGUUGGAAGAUACCUACACUUCGAACCAUCUAAAGAAUUUCAUAGUUGAAUCGUCACUUCAUUGUGUACCCUUUGGUGCUACUUUUCACAAAAACAAUUGUGAUUCCUGGUUAGACGUCAUUUUACUGGAUAAUGAAACCAAGUUAUCCUCGUUUAUGAAGUCUGAGUUUCCAUUUAUUGAUGGUCAUGACUACUUACUCUGCCAAUACAGAUUGGAUAGCUUAAAACCUCUUCCAAAGAGAUUAACCUUCAGGAACUUUAAAAACUGUGAUCACCUGGCCUUAUCAAUGUCGCUGAUGGAUGCGUUGAAAAUUGACAGUUUUGUGCUUGAAAAUUCUAAUCCUGAUGGACUACUGAGUAUUUUUAAAGCUGGGGUUUUGGACUCUCUAGAUGUACAUGCACCCUUACUUACAAGAAAUGUGACGCGAGUGAGUAAUCCGUGGUUUACCAAAGAGUUAAAAAUUAAGUGUCAGGAGCGCGAUAAAAUCUACAAAAAAGCAAAGAGAUACAAGGAUCCAAACUUGAUUGCUCUCUUUAGAUUAAAAAGAAAAGAAUUGAAAAUCCAGCUGAAUCAAGCUCGUGAAGAUUACCUCAAAACUGCUCUUUCAAAUUUGCCUUAUGGUUCAACUGUCUGGAGCAAACUCAAACAUCUUGGCUUAAUCAAAUCAAACCCCUCGUCACCGCUUAAUUUCUUUGAUGCUUGCGAGUUGAAUGAGUACUAUGCAAACAUAGUUAGGAAACAUCAACCAAGUGAUGCAAAUUUCUUAGAUAAUUUACCUAUUGACUAUACAAAGAAGGUUGACUGCUCAUUUCAUUGGACAAAGAUUGAUAUAGUUGAUGUCACCAAGGUCACACCGUCAGACACUCGGCCGGUUGCAAAUCUGUCGCAUUUGGCUAAAGUCUUUGAAAGAAUUAUUGCUAAUCAGGUGACAGCAUAUUUGGAAGAUAAUGAGCUAUUUGAUCCUUUUCAGUCUGGAUUUAGAAAACAUCACAGCACGCAAACAGCGUUAUUGAAACUCACUGAUGAUAUUCGACAGGCAAUGGAUAACAGCAAACUCACUGUAUUAGUAUUGUUUGACUUGAGCAAAGCUUUCGACUAUGUUGAUCCCAAAAAUAUACUGAUUGCGCUAUUUGAGCUUGGUUUCUCAAUGGAAACAAUAAAUUGGUUCUUCUCUUACUUGUCGGGUCGAUCUCAAUCAAUAUUAAACGAUCUUGGGACUCCAAUUCAACUACUCAAAACGUCAUCUGGUGUUCCACAGGGAUCUGUUCUGGGUCCAAUCCUGUUUCUAAUAGUCAUGAAUUCCGUGGCCCAGCGGCUGGUAUAUUGCAAGCAUGGUUUGUUUGCUGACGACAAAUAUAUAUACUCUCACUUCUUUUUCUAUCAGCUACAUGAUGCUAUCUGGAGGGUCAACUCGGAUGCACAAUCAGUCGCUGACUGGGCAAGAGACCAUGGAUUGGAAAUCAACCUAGCUAAAACAAAGGCUAUGAUCUUGGGCUCUAAUAGUAAGUUGAAAAAGCUUGAGGACUCGGAUCUGCCAUCAAUAGUAGUAAAUGGUGUCAUAAUACCCUACGUUAACUAUACCAAGUGCUUAGGUAUUCAGCUAAGCAGAAAUCUGUCAUGGAACUACCACGUCACUCAGAUAGUUAGUAAAGUGAACUCAGCUCUGCAUUGUCUCAAAGUAAGGAAAAAUAUCUUUUCAACUCCUAUAAGGAAAUUACUAGUAUCAGCAACCAUCUUACCACUCGUUGACUAUUGUUCCGUUGUAUUGGUCGACUCAACUUCUGAUAACAAUUUAAAACUACAACGUGCGAUUAACUGCUCUAUCAGAUUUAUUUUUAAUCUCAAAAAAGAUGAGCACAUUACACCUUUCAGACAUGAGCUGGGAUGGUUGUCUGUAAAGUAUCGCCGAAUGUACUAUAUGAGCUGUUACUUUUACAAGUUACUUCAACUUGAAAAGCCCAAGUACUUACGAGAGCUAUUCAUUGAAGACAUUGAUGUUAGACGUUCCAAUAGGCUAGCAGCUAAAAAACAUACUUCCUUCAAGAUACCUCAUUUUGCUACCACCUAUAUGGAACACUCCUUCUUGAUCUCCGUGAUUCGUCUGUGGGAAGAACUACCAGAAGAAAUCGUAAACUCAAGUAGCAGUGAAGUCUUCAAAAAUAAAGUUUUUGACUAUUUGCUAAAUUUAGACAGUUGA